AGGACACACCGUGUUUUGCUGCAGGAGGCAGUACAGGAAAUCUGGAUUUACUUGAAGGUGUAUUUCUCUAAACCCUUCUUCACCAUGAAGACAUUUUGCUUCAAUUGUGUGUGCAGUGAAAUGCUGCCCAGCAGCAGGCAAACUGAAAGGAUAUAGCUUCAACAUUUUUGCUCUUUUUGUUAUCUGAGUGGAAGAAAUAACCAGGAUGGCUUCUACAAGUAAAAGAAAUUCUGCAGUGAGAAUUCAAAAUACAUUUUGCCCUGAAGGUGGAGUCUGCAAGCAUGGAUUCCUCAUCAAAUCACCACCUCUUCAACUCUUCAGCUCCCAGAAUUCCUGGAAAAGGCGUCUUUUUGUCCUGUCCAAAUCCAGCAAAGGGAAUUACAUCCUGAAGUAUCUAAAAGGCCAACACGUGAAAGGCUCCAUAGCUGUGGAUCAAAUGAUAAGUAUUGAAGUUGGCAUAAGUAAUGCUGAAAUUAUGGAAACGGUGAGGAAGAUGUUCAAAUGCCUUCCUGAGCAGGUGAUGUCCAUCAGCACUGGAAACAGACGUUACUACUUCAUUGGGGACAGCAGGCAGGAAAUAGAGGACUGGGUCACUCUGAUAUCUUCAAUCUGCAGGGAGGACGAAAGAAGUGGAUGCUGCCCUCAGAACCAAGAUCUUCCAAAUCCAGAAGUCAGAAGCAGGCCUUCCUCUUUGCCACUGUCCUUUAAUUCUAUAGAUAUGACUAACUUUCCAGACAGGCAAAGCUACCAGAAGGAGAAUGGUUCCUCAGAAGACAAGAACAGGCCUUAUUCAGAUCCUGGCCCCCAUCAGGCUCGGUGUGACUCACCAAGAGAAGUUUUUCCAAGCCUGCAGGAUAAAACUCUGGGAAAGAGUGAGGAAAAUCUGCUGUUGUCAGAUCCAGAGGAAAGCAUCAAAAAGGAUGAAGAAGAUUAUUACCAAACUCCCAGCAAUGUUUUGGCACAGUGCACUACUGAAGUGUCAAAUCCUGACCCUACAGCUGAGUCUGAUGUUCCUGUGCAAGAGAUGCCAGUGCAGAGCAACCCAGUAAAGGAGAACAUUUACAUGUCAAUGAAAUCACUUAAGCUGCUGGAUGAGAGAUGCCAGCUCACGUGCAGACGUGAUGGGCUCCCAUCCCCUCCCAAAUGCCAGAACAACAGCCCAAGAGGCUUGGAAGCAGACAAAGACACAAAAUUCCCAGAAAGCAGCAUAAACCUGAAGCCAACCCUCCAGAGAAGACAAAACUCUUUACCCCUCUCAGUGGUUCACUUGUCUAUCCUGCUCAGUCAAGUUACAGAUGAGAUGCAGCUGCAGAAACUGGAUAUUUUCGUACCCCUGGCUGAUAUUAACAAUUACCUAAAACUUACUGAAGCAGCAGGACGAAUAUGCGUUUCCCAGUGGGCUGGUCCUUGCAGGCUGGGCUGUUUGUUUAACCACGGGGACCAUGUGGUGGCUGUUAAUGAUCUGCAGCCCCAGGGUGUGGAGGAAGCUUACUUCUUCAUCAGCAGGUCCACCAGAAAGGAGGUGAAACUUACUGUAUGCAGGAUUCCACAUUCAGACAUCUUCCAUGCUAAAGGCUGCUCAUGUUCCUGAAAAAAAAGACCUCAAUGAUUAAGGGUGUUCAAAGGCCUGUUUGUGCUGAAUUCUGCAUAAAUACAGAGGGAACUCCCAGUUCUGGAGCUACAGAGGCUGAAAAUGCAGAAAACACAUUCCUUGGGAGCUCUUCUCCAAAGCUGCUAUGGGAUGCUUUGCUCUGCACUGCUGCUUUGAGCACAGCAAAUCCAUUUCUGCCUAAGGAGCCCCAGAGGGAUGGGAUGGGAUGGCUACCACUGCACUACCACUGCACAGGGCUUCUUCCAGCCCUGUAACUCUGUCAGUCUGCUAGCACAGUCCCCAUGGCCUGAAUCCUGAAAUCACACAUCACCUACUUCAACAGCAUCUACUCAGGAUCUCAUCCUCAGCCUUUCCUGGCCAAAGUUUGCAUCAACUCUUCUUCUGAACUGUGGAAAAGGAAAGUCCAAACUUUGUUGUGUUGUUUCAAGACUCAUAUCUCUGUAAAAUUAGGAAUUUUUUUUUUCUAAUACUUAUCCUAGACAUUUUUUUUUCAGAAAAUUACAUGAUUUUUUCUCACCCUGUUUUUAGUGGGCAUAGAGAACAUUUGGAUUGCCACUGUCUGCAGAGAAAUCAUCAUUAUGGAAGGUGGUUUUCUACCAGUUCUCCCUUCUCUUUUUCUUAGACCAAUCAUCCUGCUUUCUUCCAUCAUUUUUUCAAACAGUUCCUGAAAAUGGCCACAUGACACUGAACUGUGAGACAAAUGCCAUGUGUUUCCAGUUAUGGAUGGACAAAGGAGAUGACAAAUUGAAAUUAAAAUAAUUUCAUUAAAAAGAAAUCCAAAGCCAUGAAGCAAUUUCCUAGAACUUCAUAGAGAAACAUUUCUCAAAAGAUGUGAAUUAGUGAAGAAGAUGCCCCAUGGUGGUGGGAGAAAAGCCACCUCCAUGGAACCUGCUGCUGAAGCAGAUGCUGAGCACUGCCUGCUGCCCCUCUUACCAUGGAAGAAUGUUACUUUUGGACAAAAUCAGGAUUUGGUUAGAUAUAGCACGUACAGAAUAAUUCCAGGUUAUUUUAGAGAACGGGGGGAUCACUUCUGUACUUCAGUAAACAGUUACAGAUGUGUUACUCCAUAAUAGAUGAUUAUGUCACUUUGUACAAUGCUAAAUGCAGAUAAUUAAUGUCACAUAUUGGCUGAUUCAUAACACUUACAGAGACACAAUAUGGAAAUGACAUUGGUACAGUAAAUUCUGGUAGGGUGUGUGAAGUUGUCCACCUACAUGUGAUUAAUAAAUGUGCUAACACUUUACAACACA